AAGAGACGAAGGAAAAACAGAGAGUUGAAAUUCAAAAUUGAACAUCAUUCUGAAAACGGCCAGAAAGAAAAGGGAAAGGCUCUCUGAUUUCAAAGCUCCAUUAAUCCAUUGAUCAACCCGUUUUAAGCCCUACCAAUUGUUGUUCAUCUAUGGCGUUCUUAUUGGCUUUCACCCAAUUUUUCUGGCUUCUUUAAGAUUCUAAUCUUUCCCUCCUCCUUUAAGUCGCCGCCGGGAAUGGCCGAUAAGUCGCCGCCUGCAGAGGGGUUCUUAAUUUUGCCGCUGCCGGCUAGGGUUUCACUGUGUUCUCCGAAUCCGACAUAGGUUUUUGUUUUUUGUUGGGAUUUGUCGGAUCAAUCGGAGGCGAUUUUGGAGCAUUUUAGGGUUGUUGGUUUCGUAAUAUUUUGAGGGGUUUCGUCAAUUUUGAUGGCGAAGGGUGGGUUUUUUGUUGAUAAGUUUCGGAGAUGUUUAAGGACGUUGUUCUUUAUGGUGGCGAUGUUGGCGUCACUACUCGUGUCGUCGUUGCCAGUUCUUGUAGCCAUUGGAGACAUGUUGGUGCCCUGUAUUUUGAUCUCGAGCUUUACUUGUGUUAGAUGCUAUGGCUUCAAACAACAUUUGCGUCGAUACGCUUUCAAAAGUUCUUUGACCGAUAUCCCUUUCGUUUCGAUGAUCAGAUCUCUCAUUAUUAUCUGUGUUUAUUCAAUGUGUGAUGGACCUGCUCUUUCAAAUGGUCCUUACCUUGGAACAGUGACUUUGUGUUCCUUCAUAUCCAUUCUUGUUCUUUCUAUCAAGGUUUGUGUCUUUACAGUGAACUCCCAAAUGGAGGCUGAAGCUUCAUCUUCACCUUCUAGGCAGAGGCUUCACUUAAAGAAAUCAUGGGGGAUGCCAGUUUUGUUUCUAUCUUCAGUAGCCUUUGCCCUCGGCCAUACGGUUGUGGCAUACAGAACAAGCUGCAGAGCACGUAGAAAGCUUCUAUUGCAUCGAGUUGACCCAGAAGCUGUUCUUUCUUGCAAAAAUGUGUUCUCUGGCUACCAGAAGAUCCCUCGAUCUCCCACUCCUUCUGGAUCGAAAACACCAAAAAGUGACAGUGAAAUCAAGUGGAAAGUUUCAGGUAAUUCCCGGGAUGAGAGUGAACUGCCGGUUAGAUUACUUGCUGAUAUGGAUAGUUUGUUCAUCAUAUGUCAAGGGCUUACUAUUCAUUACAAGAUCAGCUUGCCUGGGUCACCACCGCGGUCGUUGUCCUCCACUGCAUUUCUUGAACCCAAUUAUAGUUGCAUCUCUCCAAGGAAGGCCAUGGGGAGGCUAGUAGUUGAUAUGCAUCCAUUUACUGUCUUAUCAAAAAACCAACACAACAUCCAUAGGAGCUAUAGCAAUCAGUUUCACGGUUCAUCUCUGUAUGAUCCACUAUUGGAUGGUUCUUCCACAACUUCUCCUAUUCUUUGUGAUGAGAUUCCUGUGAUUAGUCUAGAUGAUGUUGAAGAAGAGGAAUUGAGCAAAUGUUGCUUAGAUGGAAACUUAGAGAGUAAUGGGCAAUUCGGUAUCGUCUUGGUGCACGGUUUCGGGGGUGGAGUUUUCUCAUGGAGACAUGUGAUGGGGGUGCUUGCAAGGCAGACUGGUUGCAGAGUUGCAGCUUAUGAUCGGCCUGGUUGGGGAUUAACUUCAAGGCUUCGUGCAGAAGACUGGGAAGAAAGACAAUUGCCUAAUCCCUACAAGCUUGAUAGUCAGGUGGAGUUACUGCUUGCAUUUUGCUCAGAAAUGGGGUUUUCUUCAGUGGUGCUAGUGGGUCACGACGACGGAGGACUGCUUGCUCUUAAGUCUGCACAAAGGCUUCAAGAAUCACCAAUAAACUCAUUCAAUGUUUCCAUCAAAGGGGUGGUAUUGCUGAGUGUGAGCUUAUCAAGAGAAGUGGUUCCUGGGUUUGCAAGAAUUUUGCUAAGAACAUCACUAGGGAAGAAGCACCUGGUUCGGCCUCUGCUACGAACGGAAAUAACUCAAGUCGUGAACCGACGUGCUUGGUACGAUGCUACCAAGCUAACAACCGAGGUCUUAAAUCUCUAUAAGAAGGCGUUAUGUGUGGAAGGGUGGGAUGAAGCACUGCAUGAGAUAGCAAGAUUAUCAUACGAGACAUUACUUACUCCUCAAAACGUCGAAGCUUUGGUGAAGUCUGUUGAAGAGAUGCCCGUGCUGGUGGUCGGUGGUGUUGAGGAUGCUCUCGUCUCCCUCAACUCUUCCCGAGUUAUGGCUUCCAAACUCCCUAAUUCAAGACUGAUAACGAUAUCUGGAUGCGGACAUCUACCACACGAGGAAUGCCCGAGCGCCUUACUUGCUGCAAUCUCACCCUUCAUCACCAGAAUUCUUUUGCAGAGACCUCACUCCAGCACCCCUCAAUAGAAAUACAAAUACUCACCAUUCCUUUUAGAGAGAAUAGACAGCACCCUUUUUCCUAUUUUCUUCUUCGUCGUCCCUCAUUGAAAUACUCACCCACAAGAACAUUGGCGAAAAGGCUACUUCUUUGGGUGACAGUUUUUGAGAGCCGUUUCCAAAUUGUUCUAUUUAGUAACAACCCUGUAAUUCCCCUUACUGAACCAAGGUGUUAUUUCCCACCUAGUGUUGUGGAGAUAACCUUAUAUUUGUAAAUCUUUUUCGUUAGAUUUUCAAGAGUUCAUCAAGAAAGACACUU